ACUCAAAGAAGGGUAUUAGCUAAAGUGUCUCUCUUCCCUCUUCAGAAGCGUCACCAUUAGGUCAGUACUUUCCUGACAAGAACUGACGUUCAAAUUCCCUCAUAUCUGUGGUCGUAAAUGCUCAAGAGCCACCUCCCUCGCCACGAGUCUCCUGUUAUGACUGAUCCUUACAGUUUGAAAUUCAGGCCUUAAGGUUAUGUGGGUCGUCCUGAUUCUUAUGCAUCAGUUCUGAUUUUGCCCCUUCGUUGUUCUAAGCAUCGUCUCUCCCGUCUUGAUUGAUAGUCUCUUGUUGCACGAACACUCGGCCUAGUCACUUUUCGAAAUUCAGUUGUAGGUCCACUCGAUUGCCUUGGAUCCAAAUUCUAAAAGUAUUGUUAAUAAAAUCAGAAUAACAUGCAGGAAUAUUUUAGUUCGACAACUCGAGAAGAAGCAAUCGUUUGUCAUGCAAUUGCACAAGAAUGAGCUAUUUUAAUUUUGAUGUGGAAGCAACCUUUGAAAUGUAUGCGAAGCCCUGAGAUGCAGUUUCAAGAGGAGCAGGUAGCGAUUUGAGCUAGAGUCGAACCGAAGUCCCUGCGAUGGAGUAGCACCGGUAAAGCGUGAGUCCAGACGGAGCGUCGAGUCUAUUAGCUAAAGCUAAGUACGUUUAUCAUCUUCUUUAAUUUUCGUGGCCAACAUCCACUUUGAAAGUUGUAGUGCCCACUUUUAUUUGGUCAAGUACAUUCAGUGACAGGUUUGAGAAUAUUCUUUCGGAAGCAACGUUUGUAGGUAUGUAAGUUACAAUGCUUAUUAGAACGUAUUUAUUUCUAUUCAACCACGUUUUAAUUUGAUCAUUAACUCACCUUUGAAACCUACUCUACAAUUCAUUUUACAAACUCUUCACAAAACGUGUUUCGUCUUCCCAUUCUGUGGAUUAGCGGAUCGGCGGAUUUGUGGUGGUGCUCACAGCGGACUGACGAUCUGAAUUAGUGGGACUUGGAACACAUGAGAUUCACACCAAAAGUUUCGUUGCAAGUUUCCCUCUGUCAUCGCCAAAUCUUUUAAGCGCACUACCGUCUUGGUGGAGCUCCACGAUAAUUUAAAAAAACCCUGGUUAAAUGAUGGACUCAAGUUUUUGGUCAGUGAAUAUUAUGAAAGGACGGUCCACAGCACCAGCACAAUAACAACGUUGCUUGACAUUGCGGUAAAAGACGGCGAGGAGCAGCGCGCAUACCAACCCUUAGAAGUUGCGAAGGUAUGUGGAAGGCUUUAUCUAGAAGGAAUGCUUGCGGCGGAGCAGGUGCUCGCAAUGAAGGUGCACAUCGCAUUCUAACAACUGGGAUCAUUGGAAGAUUCCAGUCACAGCGAAGGUUUCUAUAGUGACGAAAUUGAAAGGACCCUUACAGUUACUUGAUGAUUAGCGUCUGCAAUUCCUAUUUCUUUGGGGGGCAAGAUCCGCGAUAAACACAAUCUGCUGGCCAGCAGUCUCUGGUCAUCUUUUCAGCUUAGAGUAGAAAGACCCGUUUAUUUUCCUGUCUUCCAUAACAGAUCUCGUCGGCACACGCCUUUUGUCGCAGUGAGGUUACCUAUUGGUCUCCAAUGUAGCCUCUGUCAUGAAGCUCUUUCAACACUUCUAAGUACUUUACUUUUGUUCCGCAAAAUCGAAAGCGAACGCGUGCGUUUCGUCACAGUCUCAACCAGUAGGGUUCAGGAUUUAAGACCACUUCCUUUAAACAGAAGUACUUUCAACUUUUUGUGCAGGUGGUUUUUGUUUCCCUGCGUUAGUGCUUCAAACCCUCUCGUAGUUUCAUGCAUGAAUAAGGGGUUAAUUUUUCUUCGUCGGUCGUUCACAAUACCAGCUCCGAUAACUGAAUUUAGUUAUAAUAAAGAUGCGCCUCGCUGCACGUGUUGAAAAGCCACAGUAACAGAAAUGUCUCUACUCGUAUGGCAGGAAGUGCACGUGGGUACCUUGCCCACGCAUCAUCAGAAUUGAUUUGUCGACGAAGUAUCGAUUACCUGUCUUUCGACCUGCGAAGGCCACUUCAGGGUAGUAACAAUGUUCCCAAUAGCUGUGCCUUAAGCAUUUAUCGAAGCUUGCCUCUGAUCCGAUCCAAUCCGUGCAUCUCGCUCCCUUGAAGCACAGUGAAAUUCAGAAACAUCUUGCAAGGAUGACAAGCUUUGUCUUACAGGCUUCUCAAAUGGUGCUUUUGAGCCUUGCUUGUCAUAACGAUGUGACAAGUUUUGAGUAAAGGCUGAAAAGCUUACGCGUGAAUGUUGUGAUCCCAGAUUUUCACAUAUUCCAAGGUGUGCUGUGAGGGCUUUCCUUGACGCAAACGCCUGAAACUACUCUAGGGCAAUGCUUCACUUUCAAUGUUAACAUAUCAAUUUAGUGAGAUGCCUUCGAUUGUGAACUGUGGUUGGGAAGAGGAGCCUAGCCACGACUUUGAUGUAAAGAGAAGGAAAUAGAUGCAUCAAUUUCAAGACUUCCGUGCCUUGCGACGACCAAUUUUCAUUCUCGAGAUGCGGUUGGGCACCUGGGGCUUCUAAUCCAGUUUCUGUUGCUAACCCUAGAGAAGAACGAGCAAAAACCUUAGUCGUUGAGAGGACGCCUUUCAUAUCCUCUGGUAGAUACAGAAUUUUGGUACAUAUUGAGGCAAAAGCAGCACGUAUGUGUUUCAAAAUGAAGCGGUCUGCAGUUGCUGUAUGGGUUUUAUUUUAUGGAGUUCAGUUGAUGUUACCACAAGGUGCAAUGGCAGUGAUAAGGAGGAGGUUCUUCGUAGGGAGCGUUGUGGGGGAGGAACGUUAUGCAGGGAGCACCCAGUGGCCUGUCUUGGAAAACCAUGCGAGUGCAAAAUACUGCGUAGAGCCUUGCACGACGAUGGUCCUGGAAGCCUCUGCACAAUGCCACAGCUGCCUUCUUGCUCAUCCUAUGAUUCCACAGUACAUGCAGAUGAUCUACUGGCAGCUUAUUUCGGAUGUGCUAAUAGCACUGGCCUACUUCUCGAUUCCUGUUGAGCUCCUCUAUUUCAUCUAUAAAGCACAGGUAUUUCCAUAUAAAUGGGUAGUGGCUGAGUUCGGUGCCUUCAUAGUUCUCUGUGGGCUCACACAUCUCAUAAACGUCUGGACUUUCGAAGCGAGUGCAGCAGAUGCAACCCAAACCAUGACAUUUUUUAAAGUGGCUACUGCUUUUGUAUCUUGCGCUACAGCCGUGACACUCAGUUGGGUUAUCCCUGAAGUCUUAGGCGUGAAGAAGCAUGAGCUUUAUCUUGUUGGAAAGACUGCAGAACUGGACAAGGAAGUGGGAGUUAUGAAGAAGAAAGAAGAGACAGGAAAAUACGUGCGCAUGCUAACGAGUGAAAUUCGAAGUUCACUCAACCGCCACACCAUUCUGAAAACCACCCUCGUAGAGCUGGCCCAGACGUUGAAACUCAACAAUUGCAACAUCUGGAUGCCCACAGCUGAUGGCAAUACUUUUCAACUAAAUCAUGAGCUGGAGGUGGAUAGAGUCGUCACACCGUCGAGAGUUGCUCACCGUGCGGUCCCUCGAUCAGACUCUGGCGUCCUUCACGUUCUAAACCAGCAAGGAGCUCACAUUCUUCCUCCAGACUCCCUGCUUGGAAGGCACAAUUGUCCGGAAACAGAAGACGUCAUUUGGGAAGACCGUGUUGUAGCUGUGAGGCUACCUUAUAUGUGUACUUCCAACUAUAAAGAAGCAAAAGAAACCGAUCUUGCGAAUGGUCAUUUUGAUGCAGGAUCGUCCUCGUAUGCCUUGCUGGUGCUUGUCUUGCCUUGUGAUCCGGAGAGAAAGUGGCAAAAUGAUGCCCUGGAUUUGGUCACCGCGGUUGCAAGCCAGGUUGCGGUUGCACUUUCUCAUGCAACAGUGUUGGAGGAGUCGAUGAACGCACGGGACCAGCUAUUGUCUCAGAAUUUGGCCCUUCAAAUUGCAAGGAUGGAGGCGGAGGAAGCAGUAGCUGCCCGCAAUGACUUUUUGGCUGUAAUGAAUCAUGAAAUGAGAACCCCUAUGCAUUCUCUAAUAGCUCUCACUUCCAUUCUGUUGAAAACAGAGCUAAAUGACGAUCAACACGCUAUGAUAGAAACCAUGAGUAAGAGCAGUGGCCUCCUCUCUUCAUUGAUCAACGACAUUCUUGAUUUCUCCAGGCUUGAAAUCGGGGGCCUCGCUCUGGAUGUAAACGUGUUUAAACUUCCUAAUCUCAUGCGUGAGGUGGAAAAUAUUGUUCGCCCCUUGGCAGCCUCGAAGAGAAUCUCCUUGAUCUUUUUAGUGCCGCGAGACCUCCCAGAGGAUGUCCUGGGAGACUGCAACCGCAUUUUACAAGUCAUGCUGAAUGUGAUCGGAAAUGCAAUUAAGUUUACUUUGGAAGGAGAUGUGCGAGUUUCGGUGUACAUGGGCGACAAGGUUGGUAGUGGGCCUGUCAUGUCUACUGGCUCAGCCGACCAACCACUCACACCGAAACAAGCAUCAGAGUAUCGCUUCCUUCAUGUUGACGUUAAAGACACUGGAAUCGGCAUCAAGGCCAUGGAUGUGCCUCGCUUAUUCAAUAAAUUUGUUCAAGCUGACAGCAGUACAACUCGGAACUUCGGAGGCACUGGCUUGGGCCUUGCCAUCUCAAGAAAAUUCGUGGAGUUGAUGGGUGGGAGUAUAUGGCUCGAGAGUGAGGGACUCGGAAAGGGCACAACAUGCAAAAUGCACAUUUCGAUUGGCAUCUGUGAUUUAAACGUGAAGCGGAUGCGGAACAGCCCUCGAGUCGAUAAGGCGGCUUUGGUCUUAUUAACGGAUUUAAAGGUUAUGGUGGUAGAUGAUAACCCCAUCAAUCGAAUUGUCACACGGCGGUUGCUUGACACCAUUGGGUGCAAGUCUACAGUGUUGGAAUCCGGCCAGAAGUGCUUGGACGUCCUCUCCGAGAAAGGACCUGCAGCGUUUCACAUAAUCCUUUUGGAUCUUUGCAUGCCUGAGAUGGAUGGAUUUACCGUUGCAACGGAGAUACUUCGAAGGUACGGGAAGACCAGGAGGCCUGUCAUUUCUGCAUUGACUGCGAACUCCGACACCAAAACUCGUGAGCGCUGUUUUGCGACAGGCAUGGAUUACGUUCUAAUGAAGCCUAUCAGUUUGGAACUUUUGAAAUCUGAACUAGUCAAAUUACUAGACUUUCACGAGGAGCUCGAUGUUCCACCUCAGCUAGAUAGCAAAAUCACCGAUGAAGCUGUUCUAGCACCUUCUGAUUAUUCCUCUGUAACGCUUCCACAGCCGGAUCACACCGAGACCUCAUCCUCAGCACCUCAACUACUCAUGCCCCCUAUUCGAGAGCUGCAUUAUAAAAACGACGAUUCAUAACAAAAGUCUUAAAUGUUGUGAAACUAGCCUCCUCAGAGAUGCCGAAAUGAAGAGCGUUAACUGUGAGAUUCAAGUUGAACUGUUCUUGUAGUAAUUUGAGCUAUUCCAACAUGAAUGAUUUGUUGUGAUAA